UCCGCGUCCAUCCCACCUUCCAUGUGUCUCAGAUUAAGCCCGUCCAGACCAGUACGCUCUGCCCUCCGGCCGAACCCCCUCCACCCCCCCGUGACAUUGAUGGUCAUCCUGCCUACGACGUCCGCCGGAUCGUGGACUCCCGUCGGCGAGGUCGCGGCUGGCAGUACCUCGUCGAUUGGGAGGGCUACGGUCCGGAGGAGCGUUCCUGGAUCCCUGGGUCGUUCAUCUUAGAUCGUUCCCUCAUCUCCGACUAUCGCUCCUCGUUGCCGUCCAGUUCUUCUAGGCCGCCAGGUGGCGACCAUUGAGGGGGGGGUACUGUUAUGUUCCGGGGUUCUCUGGUUCUCUUGGUGGGGUUUUUCCUGUGCGCCUUUACCACCAGAUGGCGACAGGUUCCGGUUGGAGUGCGGUGGUAUCAUCAUCAUCCACAGCUGUCAUCAAUUACCCUCAUCAGCGGAGCCUACUUAAGGAGUUGACCGCCAGUCCAGCGUCGCCUGAGUGUUUGCCAGUCACGGUACCUCUGAGCCCCCUUGAGCCCUGUCUCUGUGUUCCUCGUUGCCUUGAGCCUUCUAGUGAUUCUCUUUGUGUUCCUCUGUUGCCUUCAGGUGAUCCCUUUGACACUCUGGACCCGUGGACCAGAGCCUGGCAGCUUUCCUGGUUUCAGAACCUCCCUCGUGACGCCGUGGAAGAUACCCACUGGUCGCCCGAGUUCCCAGACUCACCUCUCCGUUGUUUUUGCAAGUAUCUCCUGGACCCCACGGCUGGCGGUCGAACCACUCCGCUGUGUUCCCGUUGCACCCGAGCCUACCUGUCCGUUCUCCGCCGCACUCCUCCGUUUGUUCCUGGACCCACUAAGAGACCGAGACCCUGGACAUACUCAGUUACCCUCCAAGAUUCAGAUCCAACCACCACCAAUGAACCACUGCUGCCCGUUACAGUUGAUUCCCUGGACCAGACCACCUUCCCACACUCUGAUAAUUGUGUACCUUAAUAAAUCACUUUAACUGAU